GCAACCAGGAUGAGGAACCCAAGAAUCCGUCAGCCUGAGAAAGUCAAUCCAGAGCGAGGAGUGGAAGCGAGCUGACAACUUUACUGGAGCAAGUGGCUCUCAGCGGGAAGAUGCCCAAAGGCUCCAAAGAUGAUAUGGCAUCCCUGCCACCCAGAAAGCUCAAUUUUUUCUCCUCCUUGCGGAUUAAGAGAAAUGAAGGAGUGGAUCAGAGCAAGGGAGACAACCAGAAGGACAUCAUGACCAUCCUGUCUAGGUUUAGAAGCAAAGCUUCUGUUCAGCAACAUCAGCAACAGGAACUCAACUCGUCUAGCGAAGAUGAGGAACCCAACACACGACGGGCACACAGAGGCACAUCUGACACCAAGAGAAUAAAACAGGAGAACAUUGCUGUCCGACAAACCAAGAGGGAACAGCUAAAAAGACUCCACAGAGCUCAGAUGAUCCAGAGACAGCUGGAGGAAGUUGAGGAGAGGCAGAGAGCUCUAGAGGAGAAAGGUGUAGCUCUGGAGAAGGUCCUCAGAGGAGAAACUGAUGAUGACUCCACGGAUGAGACAGCGCUACUCCAAACCUGGUUCAAACUGGUCCUAGAGAAGAACAAACUGGCAAGAUACGAGUCAGAACUCAUGAUCUUUGCUCAGGAACUGGAGUUGGAGGACACUCAAAGUCGGCUGCAGCGAGAACUGAGGCAGCGAAUGGCCACUGAAGACUGUGAAAAAAGUGCGAGUGAGCUGGUGGGGGAGCAGAGCCUCCUGGUGGAGAUCAUGAAGGUGGUGGAGAAGAGAGACAAACUGGUGAGUCUACUGGAGGAGCAACGGCUGAAGGAAAAAGCUGAGGACAGAGAUCUGGAGAGCACAAUCCUCUCCAGAGGUUAUCAGUUCCAUUGGACCUAAAACAUUCCUAACCUCUCAUUUCAAUCCCCUGGAUUAAACAUUUUACUUGAGAUGUGGAUCUACUGUAGUAACCAGCGGGAUUAACUAUAAGAGAGCCUUUAAAGAUCAGAACUGUUAAACUUAACGCUGCCUUCUUGAAAAGAAAUAAACCAAAAACAAAACAAGUGCCUCUUUGUUUAGUGAAAAUGAGUUUGUAAAUGUUUAAUUUCAUUCAAAGAAACACAACAUUGCACAGCCACAGAGGUAUGAAAAAUAACUUAUCCACAAUGGUGCAAUGAUAUUUAUAUAGUUAAAGUGGUUAAGUUUUUGGACUUGUUGGAUGUUAAAAUGAUAAUGAAUGUUUGUUUUGUUCUAUAGUGAACAUUAUAAAAGAGGCCAAAUGUUAAUGGAAGUUUAAUAUAUCUGUUGAGCUACUCUGUUUCUCUCCUAGUCUUGUAAUGCAUAGACCUUCUCAAGUGACCAUUAAUUGCAAUUAUUUCAUAAACUAAAUAUGAUUUGAUUUGUUUCAAGUAUCAAACGGCGCUUAUGAAAAUGUAUAGUUGGUCUUUGGUUUAUCUGUAUGUUUAUUGUGUCAUUUAUUUAAUAAAUGUAAAA